ACGCCGACGCGGGCGUGACCCUGGGCGAGAGGGUUUGGCGCGAAUUCUGAAAGCCGCCGGCGGAGCGCGCCCAGCGACCAGAGACCAGAGACCGAGCCUUAAGGAGAGCGCGGCGCUUGCCCAGGCGUGCAGCUGGGAGCUGAAACUCGUCUGGGUUGUGCGCAGAAGGCUGGGGCAAGCGAGUAGACUUGAAGUGGGGCGUAAGCCAGGGGCAUUGGGGUCCGCGCGGGUCAGGCGCGUGUCACCCCCGCGGGGUGAAGUCGGAGGGCGCGGCCAGCUGGAAAGAGCAGCGCUGAGGGCCAAGUAAUGGCAAUGCAGAUGCAGCUUGAAGCAAAUGCAGAUACUUCAGUGGAAGAAGAAAGCUUUGGCCCACAACCCAUUUCACGGUUAGAGCAGUGUGGCAUAAAUGCCAACGAUGUGAAGAAAUUGGAAGAAGCUGGAUUCCAUACUGUGGAGGCUGUUGCCUAUGCACCAAAGAAGGAGCUAAUAAAUAUUAAGGGAAUUAGUGAAGCCAAAGCUGAUAAAAUUCUGGUAACCUAAAAAUGUUCUCUCCUCUCCCAUAGGUAUGGUCUGUCUGGCAGUGAUGUCCUGGAUAAUGUAGCAUAUGCUCGAGCGUUCAACACAGACCAUCAGACCCAGCUCCUUUAUCAAGCAUCAGCCAUGAUGGUAGAAUCUAGGUAUGCACUGCUUAUUGUAGACAGUGCCACCGCCCUUUACAGAACGGACUACUCGGGUCGAGGUGAGCUUUCAGCCAGGCAGAUGCACUUGGCGAGGUUUCUGCGGAUGCUUCUGCGACUUGCUGAUGAGUUUGGUGUAGCAGUGGUAAUCACUAAUCAGGUGGUAGCCCAAGUGGAUGGAGCAGCCAUGUUUGCUGCUGAUCCCAAAAAACCUAUUGGAGGAAAUAUCAUCGCCCAUGCAUCAACAACCAGAUUGUAUCUGAGGAAAGGAAGAGGGGAAACCAGAAUCUGCAAAAUCUACGACUCUCCCUGUCUUCCUGAAGCUGAAGCUAUGUUUGCCAUCAAUGCAGAUGGAGUGGGAGAUGCCAAAGACUGAAUCAUUGGGUUUUUCUCUGUUAAAAACCUUAAGUGCUGCAGCCUAAUGAGAGUGUACUGCUCCCUGGGGUUCUCUACAGGCCUCUUCCUGUUGUGACUACCAGGAAAAGGCUUCCGGGAAAACAGCUAUUGUAUCAGCUUUUCUGAUGGUGUAAACAGGAGACAGGUCAGUAAUCACAAACUAAUCUAAAAUGUUUAUUCCUUCUGUAGUGUAUUAAUCUCUGUGUGUUUUCUUUGGUUUUGGAGGGGGGGUAUGAAGUAUCUUUGACAUGGUGCCUUGGGAAUGACUUGGGUUUAACAAGCUGUCUAUUGGACAAUCUUAGUUUCCAAGAGAACUAAAGCUGGAGAGACGUGACCCUUCUCUCACUUCUGUAUUAAUGGUAAAAUAAAAUGUCUGAGCUAUGUAGCAAAGGGAAUGGGUCUCUGCACAGAUUCUUUUUUUCUGUCAGUAAAACUCUCAAGCAGGUUUUUU